AUGGGCGGCGCAGCCAGGGCCAGCAAGAAACGUCUCGCCGACCAAGGUAGCUCGUAUGACGCCCGAAUGAUGACUGUGUGCAUGAACGGGCGCGCCAUAUGGAAUAGGAAGCGAUACACUCUCGCAGGCAACGCAGAGGCUCCGAACCCCGAGCCCACCAAUGAUGCCAAGCCAGCCUGCACAGGUAGUAGGCCGACCUUGUCUGGGGCAGGCAAUGCGAACCAGGAAAUAGGGCCCAAUGCUCGUCCACCGGCAGAGAAUAGGCCAGUAGUCAAGGGCCCAGCCAGCGAUACAUCCGCCGCAACCCCGCUCCAUGCCCUCAUCCGCCUUGGGCUUGCUGCUUGCCAAGGGCAGUUGUCGAACCAGGUUUGGGUGAGAGAUGGUCCAGCUCAGGUUGAAACAUGGGCAGAAGCUCAUAACCCGAGAAACGAUGGCAUGAUAAUCGAUCAGUGGGCGAUGGACAAACCGGGAAGGUCGUCCACGCAGCAGAAGCAAUCAGUGCUUCUCUUGGCGCGCAACCUCAACGGAUGA